AUGCUGGCCCAGCUCACCGGUGGUGAGAAUUUUAAUAUCACAUCACCACCUGUGCUACAGGCUGUCAGCGUGCCACCUACCACCGAGUCCUCGUUACCAUCUGGGUGUCUUGUUCUAAGGCCAGCACGGGUACCAUCAGCCUCAAGAUUCCUGAAUCCCUAUGUAGUGGGUUUCGUUGUUGUGGCAGGAGUGGUAAUCCUGGCAGUGACCAUAGCUCUACUCAUCCACUUUUUAGCCUUUGAUCAAAAGUCUUAUUUUUAUCAUAGCAGCUUUCAAAUCCUAAAUGUCAAAUACAGUAAUCAGUUAAAUUCACCAGCUACACAGGAAUAUAGGGAUUUGAGUGGAAGAAUUGAAUCUAUGAUUACUAAAACAUUCCAAGAAUCAAAUUUAAGAAAUCAAUUCAUCAGAGCUCAUGUUGUCAAACUGAGGCAAGAGGGUAAUGGUGUGAUAGCAGAUGUUGUCAUGAAAUUUAAAUUCACUAGAAACAACAAUGGAGCAUCAAUGAAAAGGAGAAUUGAGUCUGUUUUACACCACAUGCUGAAUAACUCUGGAAACUUGGAAAUAAACCCUUCAACUGAGAUAACAUGCAACUAUACUAAGUGUUACGAUAUUGAAAUGCUUUCCUAUCUAUCGGUAAACCACCACUGUACCAAGCCCACAAAGAUGUCUCCCCAGCCUCUUCAAAUCCUCCCAUCCUUACCCCCAGACUCUCAGUUCAUCCCCCUGCAAUUGAAGACAAUUACUGACCAGGAUACAGUGGAUAUGUUCACUCAAGGAUGUGGGGCCCGUACAGACCUAAUAACUCUGUCUGCGGAGAGGAUCCUAGGAGGCACUAAGGCUGAGGAAGGAGACUGGCCAUGGCAAGUCAGUCUACAGACGAAUAAUGUUCACCACUGCGGAGGCAUCCUGAUCAGUAGCAUGUGGAUCUUGACAGCAGCUCACUGCUUCAGAAGCUACCCUAAUCCUCGUCAGUGGACCGUCACUUUCGGUGUUUCAACAACAUUUCCUAAACAGAGAAGAGGAGUAAGGACUAUUUUAAUCCAUAGCAAUUAUAACCCUGCAACUCAUGAAAAUGAUAUUGCAGCUAUACAACUUGACAGAGGCAUCGCCUUUACCAAAGAUAUCCAUAGGGUGUGUCUCCCGGAGGCUACCCAGAAUAUUCCGCCUGGGUCUACUGCUUAUGUAACAGGAUGGGGAUCUCAAGAAUAUGGCGGUAGCACAGUUUCAGAUCUACAGCAAGCACGGGUCAGAAUAAUAAGUAAUGAUGCAUGUAAUGCACCAACUAGUUAUAAUGGAGCUGUUUUGUCGGGAAUGCUAUGUGCUGGACUACCUCAAGGUGGAGUGGAUGCAUGCCGAGGUGACUCUGGUGGCCCACUAGUUCAAGAGGACUCACGGCGGCUUUGGUUCCUUGUGGGGAUAGUAAGCUGGGGGGAUCAAUGUGGUCUGCCAGAUAAGCCAGGAGUAUAUACGCGAGUGACAGCCUACCGUGCUUGGAUAACCGAAAAAACUGGGGUCUAGAGCAAUAAAGGCAUCUCUGUGGCAAAGUCUGUAUGCAGGUGUAGGUCUAAAAUUCCAAAACCUUGCCUUUCAGCUGCAAAAGAACCCGAAGUUGCCCUAUUUUAACCUCCUGUCACAUAAAUAUCGUUUC